AUGCGGCGGGCGCGCUCGUUCCCCCUCGGGGAGGCUGAGCUGAUCCGCCGAGCCAAGCUCUACCUCGCCCUGAAUCAGGAUGCAGUCACGGUUCCCGAGCUGAUCUCGGAGGACUUCGAGUUCUGUGGCCCUAUCAUAGGGCCCCUGGGCAAGGCGAAAUUCAUCGAGCAGCUUCGCGGUUUCAGCUUCCGGCAGGCCUUUCCAGAUGCCAAGAACGAGUGGCACGACUUCCGUGUUGACCCCUUCGAGGCCAACCGAGUUUGGUUCACCGCCCGCGGCAGUGGGACGAACACGGGCAUCGCACCCCCGCUGAUUACCGAGCCUACUAUGAAGCGCUUCGAGAAUCCUCCGCAGGCUUGCAGUCUUCGCUUCAACGAGGCCGGGGAGGUUACCCAGUACACGAUCGGGUACGUGAUGGACCGGCGGCAGGGCAACACCGAAGGCGUCGGCGGUCUCCUGGGCAUCCUCUGGGCCAUCGGCAAGCCGUUCCCCUACCCGGAGUCGCAGCCGUACCAGCCCUCCUGGCAGCGGGUGCUCUUCAAUACCGCGGUGGAGUUCCUCGUGUCCCUUCAGCCGAAGAAGUCCUAG